AUGCCUCAAACAAAAUGUUUCUUUGAUAUCUAUAAUGAUAAUGUGGAAGUAUAUAUAAUGAUAUUCUUUAAUAUCCCUAUUUGGAUAAUGUUUAUAUAUAAUCUGAUUAUAAUAAUACUAGCAAUUAGAAUUAAUAGCAAUUUUAAUUCAUCUUUGUACUCCAUAUAUAUCUAUACAGCAAUUUUGGCAGUUUGUUUGAUAAUUGUAAAUUAUUUUAUAUAUAAUUUAGCCUAGUUUAGUGAAUAUUUUUAAGAUAAAAUCAAUUAUAUGGAAAACAAUUGAUCUUAGUUUAGGCAGUUUGAUUGGUUUUUUUAAUUCUUUUUGGUAUUGUUACUAAGCAUUAACAGAUAGAUUAGUUUUCGAAAAUGGUUAAUUUAUUUAUCGUAUAAAAGAAAAUUCUGCAGAAUAAGAAUUAGCUAAAAUUUGA